AUGAACUGCCUCUCUCAUGCGCGUUUAUACAUUUCCUUGGGGCUUCUCAAGAGAUCAAGCUAUGUCACUUCCCAGAUUCCGUGGAAUCAGUGCUUCUUCUCAAACCCCUGUUUAAAGCCUUCAGCUGCGACUGCGAUUGCACUUGGACUCUCUAGCGUUCACUGCUAUUCCUCGAGAUCAAAGCCUGCUAAAUCAAGAACGUCAACAACCGCUGUUCCCGUUGCGGAUAAAGAGAAGGACGCCUUUUUCGUUGUUCGGAAAGGUGACGUUAUUGGCAUCUACAAGGAUUUGAAUGAUUGCCAGUCUCAAGUUGGAUCAUCGGUGUUUGAUCCUCCGGUGAGUGUUUAUAAAGGUUACUCGUUGCCUAAAGACGCUGAGGAUUAUCUUUCUUCUGUUGGGUUGAAGAAACCACUCUACAGUUUUAAAGCAUCGGAUUUGAAAGACAACAUGUUUGGCGCUCUCACACCUUGUCCUUUCCAGGAGCCAACUUCUUCUAAAGUCAUAGUAUCUGAAGAAGAGGACACCUCAGAGAUGAUGUCAAAAGAUAUUACUUCAGCUUCCACAUCAGUGGCAAAGCUCAAUGAGCUGGAGUUAUCUACGGAUACUUCAGACGAAACUUGCAUUAUUGAGUUUGACGGUGCAUCAAAGGGAAACCCCGGUCUCUCUGGUGCGGCGGCUGUACUGAAAACGCCGGAAGGAAACUUGAUUUGUAGAGUGCGUCAAGGUUUGGGAGUUGCCACAAACAAUGCAGCAGAAUAUCAUGGAUUAAUCAUAGGACUGAGGCAUGCUAUUGAGAAAGGUUACAAGAACAUUAAAGUGAAAGGUGACUCCAAGCUCGUCUGUAUGCAGAUUAAAGGUCAAUGGAAUGUAAACCACGAGGGACUCGCGAAGCUGCACAAGGAAGCAAAAGAACUUAGCAGCAAAUGUGACUCUUUCAGUAUCAGUCAUGUACUUAGGAAUCGGAACGCUGAUGCGGAUGAACAAGCAAACUUGGCUGUUCGACUUUCUGAAGGACAAGUUGAAGUGGCGUGA